GGAGUGCGGGCGCCGGCAGAACCACCCCUUGCCCCUUUCGCGCGUCGAUUUGGCCGGCGGCGCCGAUCUCGCGGCCCGCACCGCCGAGUCGCCGACGCCUGCCGGCCGGCUAGUGCGGCCGGCGCCCUGUUUGCCCGAUUUCGUGGGGGGAAUACGGCAGGGCAAAGGGGGGAAUAACUCGUAUAACCCCCGCCGAAACCAAGCCGCCGCCCGCCGCGCUGCUACUCCCACCUUGCCCGCCGCGAUGAGAAGGCGCCCGGAGCCCCGCCUCGUCCGGUCACUCGCCAUCACCGCCUCCGCCUCACCCGCCGCACCCGUCCCACCCCCGCCUCCACUCCCGGCAUCGAAGCCCCCCCGCUCGGCCGCGCCGUUCGUCGCCGUUCUCCUGCGCCGGGGCCGCGCGGCCGCCGCGUUGCUCCUCAACCGCCGCCUCCUUGCGGCACCCGCCCCGGAGGCUCGCUCCCUGCUCACCGCGCUCCCGGGCGUCCGCGACGCCGUCUCCUACAACAUCGUCCUCGCCGCUCUCUGCCACCGCGGUGGCGACCUCCCCGCGGCCCUCUCCCUCCUCCGCGACAUGUCGAUGGAGUCCGACCCGGGCGCCCGCCCCAACGCCAUCUCCUACACCACGGUCAUGCGGGGGCUCUGCGCGGCACGCCGCGCGGACGAGGCCGUCGGCUUGCUCCGGACCAUGCAGGCCCGCAGCGUCCGCCCCGACGUCGUCACGUACGGCACGCUCAUCCGUGGGCUGUGCGACGCCGCGGAGGUCGACGGGGCCGUGGAGCUGCUGGAUGAGAUGUACGAGAGUGGGAUUGAGCCGAACGUGGUUGUAUACGGUUUUUUGCUGCGUGGGUACUGCAAGUCUGGCCGGUGGCAGGACGUAGGCAAGGUGUUUGAAGAAAUGUCCCGGCAGGGGGUUGAGCCGGAUGUCAGCAUGUUCACUGGUUUAAUCGAAUGCCUGUGUAAAGAGGGGAAGAUAGGAAAGGCCACAAAGGUGAAGGACAUGAUGGUGGAGCGGGGUUUGGAGCCAAAUGCAGUGACAUACAAUGUUCUGAUCAAUUCCCUGUGCAAGGAAGGAUCGGUGAGGGAGGCGAUGGCUCUAAAGAAGGAGAUGGUAGAGAACGGGGUGGUGCCGGAUGUCGUGACAUACAACACCCUGAUUGCAGGUCUUUCUGGCGUGCUCGAGAUGGAUGAGGCAAUGGGGUUGCUUGAGGAGAUGAUCCAAGGAGAUGUGGUGGUUGAGCCUAAUGUGAUUACUUUCAGCUCGGUUUUACAUGGACUAUGUAAGAUCGGUCGGAUGUUCCAAGCAAUCAAAGUUCGUGAGAUGAUGGCUGAGAGGGGGUGUAUGUGUGACUUGGUGACCUACAAUUGUCUGAUUGGUGGAUUCCUUAGGGUUCACAAGGUUAAGAUGGUUAUGAAGCUACUGAAUGAGCUGGCUAGUUCUGGAUUGGAGCCUGAUUCAUUCACCUAUAGUAUUCUGAUAAAUGGCUUCAGCAAGAUGUGGGACGUUGACCGUGCAGAAAAGUUCUUGUGUACAAUGAGACAACAUGGGAUAGAGCCUGAGCGAGUUCACUAUAUUCCUUUGCUUGCAGCUAUAUGUCAACAGGGAAUGAUGGAGCGGGCUACAAUUUUGUUCAAUGAAAUGGAUAAGAACUGCGGGCUUGAUGUUUUCGCAUAUAACACAAUGAUCCAUGGUGCUUGUAUAUCAGGGGAUAAGAAAAUGGUUAAACAACUGCUUAAAGAUAUGCUUGAUGAGGGUUUGACUCCUGAUGCUGCGACAUAUUCUGUGCUAAUCAACAUGUUUGCAAAACUAGGAGACCUAGAAGAAGCUGAGACGGUGCUUAAACAGAUGACAGCAAGUGGCUUUGUGCCCGACAUUGCUGUGUUUGAUUCAUUGAUCAAAGGUUAUAGCGCUGAAGGUCAGAUAAACAAGGUUCUGAAGUUGGUACAUGAAUUGAGAGACAAGAAUGUAGCUCUUGAUUCAAAAAUCAUCCGUACUAUUAUGAAUUCGCUGAUGGCAAGCAACGAAGACAAAAGAAUAUUGGAGGGGCUGCCUGAUUUAUAUCUGAAGAACUAUUGCAAGGCAACACCAUCAUCUUGUCCCAGGAGUUCAUGAACUCACUAUAUAAAUCAUGCCCUGCACUUGAACCUGGUGUCACUGGAUGAGCCUCAAUCCAUGUUCUUGUGUGCAGAUAGCCUGCAUAUUUGACGCCUGUUCAGCUAAUGUAUGUGCCUAUGUUUGAGAUUCCCAUUCAGCUCACUUUACAUGAUUUGUCUGUGUGAUAUUUGUUAAAGUUGUGGCAGCGAUGACCCUAAAUUUGAUGGUAAUGGUACUGCUCAUUUCAGUGUACAGAUGAUGGCUAAUAUCACUUGAACAAGCUGCCGCCAGUGGCAUGUGAGAGAAACUGUUGUAAUUAUGAUUUAUGAAGUCUGGGACAAACUUGCUUGUCAAACCGUCGGAGGUACUCAGGUAGACGGCUGCACUGGCUGGCAUUUUGGCACUGCCAGGUGCCAGCCAACGGGGACGGCCAAGCGCCUUGACGGCCGUGUCCACGAGAGCAGGAGGGUGGCUGGGCGCGCAGAGUUUGUUAGCAGAGCUUGUGCAAGAACCAGCGUCAGGCUUAGACUCCCAGGAACGAACAACAUCAGAUUCUUAGGAAUUUGUCGUGCCAGAUUAAAACCAGGCUGCUUAAUUUUCUUGUCACGACCCAAAGUUGUUAAACAAGCUUAACGUGUUAACAUGAGCAUCAUUUGUGCAUAAUGGAGCAUCAAUGAAUAAGCAUUCAUUAAAUUCAUGAAAUUGUUGUUUAUUGUUGAAAUUCAAACUUGUGAAGCAACUCAAUUUUCUGCUAUGCAACUGUGCCUCCUGUUAUUUUAUUUAAAUACUAGAUGCAAUUUGAUGAA